UUGUUCUUAGAAAGUAUGAUAGGAGGAGUGGAUGGCUCAUUUGUCCUGUAGAACAUCUCCCUGCUAGGUCACCUAUUCCAAUCCAACCUGGGUUGGUAGUGACACAUCUGAUAGCUGUUGAGGGGAACUCUGUGCAGUGGGUUGGUAGGUCUCAGACCAUUCCUAGUGGAUAGGUGAACAACUCAUGGGCCAGGGAAUCUGAGCUCCGCUCCUCCAGAUCAGGGUUGAGGUGCUUUGGCAGGACAGCGAGGGGAAAUUUGCACUGCCACCGCGUGCGCAGUCAGUACCUCUUCUGCGUACGGCGCACCUCAGGCAAUCUGACACCUUUCACUAGUGCUAGAUUUUCUUUUUUUUUUUAGGGUUUAGUGUUCUUCGGACCAGCCACAUGGGGAACCAGGCUUGAAUUUCUUGACUUGGGUUCUAGCCCCCUUGGCUGGCAGGGACUUUAAGUGCCAUGUAGCCAACUGCAGAAUUAUCAGGGGUGGGAGGAGAGAGGGUUUUUCAUCCCUCCCCCACCCCAAGCUGAAGUAAAUUAGUAGCUGUGCUGAAGUCACAAAAAGUUCAGAUCUGGCUCCAAACCUCCCCAGAGUUUUGGCGUUGCUUGGUUUGCACCCAUCUCUGCACUAGCUUCAGGGGUGAAGAAGAGAUGAAAAUGGAUUUCCUCUUGUUUAACCUUUGUGUGUGUAUAGAAGGAUUUUCACAUUGGGGAGUUAAUUUUUUUAACAAGUCUUAAUUAAAACCUGCUUGCUUCUCUUUAAUAACUUUCCUUCCUGACAUUGAAGUGAAGUGAAGAGUUUUCUCUCGUGUCAGUCUGUGUGCUCCUGCAGUGAAAUCACAACACUGCGUUAUGACAUCACCAUUGUUUCUAUGGCAAUAACUCUAUCAUCAAAACAACUGCUGCAUCACCACAGGAUGAUGCAGGAGGAGUAUCUGGUAGACCAAGGUUGAAAUCUCAUUCUGAGUUUUCCCAGUGUGCAAGUUCAUCUUUCAGGGACCAGACUGAUUGUCUUGGAAGGGAAUCCCAGGUAGUCCUCUUCAUCCAGAGGAUGGUGGCCUAGAUAUCAGUUACACAAAUGCUGAAACAGCUGCCUUGUGCUAAGACUUCGGUUUCAACUACCAGUUGUGCUACAGAAUUGCUCACCAGCAAAGGAGGAUCUUGAAGCCCUGAUAGCAGAAUUCCAGACAUUAGAUGCUAAAAAGACCCAGAUCAUUGAGACAGCCUGUCCCCCACCCUCACCAAGGCUGAACGCCUCCUUGUCUGCUCAUCCCGAGAGAGACGAAUUGAUCCUUUUUGGAGACAUUCCUGUAUAAUGAGCUGUACAUUUACAACAUCCGGAAGAACAGCUGGAGUAAAGUAGAUAUCCCAAAUCCUCCUCCCAGGCGCUGUGCACAUCAGGUUGCAGUGGUGCCCCAGGGUGGUGGACAGCUAUGGGUAUUCGGUGGAGAGUUUGCCUCUCCUGACGGAGAGCAGUUUUACCACUACAAGGAUCUCUGGGUCCUGCAUUUGGCCACCAAGACUUGGGAGCAAAUCAAGGUAACAGGGGGGCCCUCGGGAAGAAGUGGACACCGAAUGGUAGCCUGCAAGAGACAGUUAAUCGUCUUUGGAGGAUUCCAUGAGAGUGCCAGAGACUACGUGUAUUACAACGAUGUGUAUGCCUUCAACCUGGACACUUUCACAUGGACCAAGCUGUCUCCAUCAGGGACUGGCCCUGCUCCAAGGUCUGGCUGCCAAAUGGCUACCACUCCAGAGGGCAAUAUAAUCAUCUAUGGUGGCUACUCCAAACAGAGAAUUAAGAAAGAUGUUGACAAAGGCACCCUGCACACGGACAUGUUCCUGCUGAAGGCUGAAGGCGUGGGCAAGGAGGAAGACAAGUGGGUUUGGAAUCGGCUUAGCCCGUCAGGUGUGAAACCAACUCCCAGGUCUGGCUUCUCUGUGGCAAUAGGCCCCAAUAACCGAUCCCUUCUCUUCGGAGGUGUGCAUGACGAAGAAGAGGAAGAGCGCAUUGAAGGAGACUUCUUCAGUGAUAUUUAUUUCUAUGAUAUGGGAAAGAACCGCUGGUUUCUUGGACAACUAAAGGGACCUAAGUCUGAGAAGAAGAAACGUAGGCGAGGCAAAAAGACUGAGGCAGAGGGUGCCGGGGAUGGAGAGGCAGAGGGCCAGCCCCUUCAGGGCCCCGUGGAGAUUGUCAAAGAGGUGGUGGCAGAGGAUGGGACCGUCAUGACGAUCAAGCAGGUGGUCUCUGCCCCUGAAGUGGAGCCGGAGAGGUCCGAAUCAGAAGACGAAGAAGAGGCCGGUGAUGAAGCCUCCGGCGAGCAGGUGGAGCCGUGCCCACGUUCAAACGCUAUGCUGGCAGUGAAGCAUGGGGUUCUCUACGUCUACGGGGGGAUGUUCGAAGUGGGCGACCGCCAGUUCACCCUCAACGACCUCUAUAGCAUCGACCUCCACAAGAUGGAGGAGUGGAAGGUCCUGGUGGAGAUGGAUCCAAAAACUCAAGAAUGGCUGGAAGAGUCCGAGUCCGAUGAGGAGGGGGAUGAUGUGGAAGGUGCAGAGGGAGGUGAGGAGGAGGAGGAGGAGGGCUCUGAUGAAGAGAGUGAAGAUGAUGAAGAAGAGGAGCAGCACCCAUCUGUUCAGCUUGAUGAGAAAUACACAGACUAUCUGCCCAGGACUGAGCAAUACUGGAUUAAACUAGCCCGCCACAAUAUGGGCCCUGAUGCGAAGGAGAAGAAGGUGGCGAAAUUGGCACAUGCAAUGGCAAAGACUUUUUAUGAAGGUUCGGUCUAGAUGCACGUGCUGCUGAGAAUGAGCAGUGUGGGUGCAGACACCUCACUGGGACAAUGGCCAAUUGAACCAACCAUCUAAACCUGAUGAACCUCUUACCUGGUAUGUACUGUAGGUUCUGAAGGUCCCUGGCUGCUACGCACUAAUGUCUCGGGCAGUCCAAGGUUGGCGUGCCUCUCUGCUAACAGUAUAUUUCUGCCAUUAUCACCCUGUAAACAGGCCUUCGUAAACAGGAUUGCUGGCCAGGAAUGUGUUCUGCUGAGAUUUGAAUACACAUUGUAAUUUUGUUGACAGCUGUUUAAGUUGGCUGAAGAGAGACUGCUUAAUAGAAUCAGAACAUCACUUGAGGUUCCUAGUCCCAAAUGUCCUUCAUCUGGCCAGGGGCUGGGUAUGGUUUUUUUCUAAGUGCUUUCAUAAUAAAGUUGUUUGGUUGAGUCA